UUGUUUGUUUCUUUCCUCUUGGGAAUGGGGGGGGGUGUGAGAAAAGAUGAGAGGGAAAGAAAGCCUCGCCUCACCCCAAGUUCUCGAACCGGGCUGAGGACUUUUCGGAGAAAAGGGUCUGCCUAGCCCUGGGUGAAGCAGUCUUACUGUACCGCCGUGUGCAUUCCCUCAUACGGUCAGGAGUUAUGACUCAUUUUGAAGAUGUAAUUCUUGUCUCUCUGAUCGCCUCGCGAGCGCAACACACCAAACAAUCGAGCCUGCGUGCUGCCGAAGCAGGGCGCCGAGUCCAUGCGAACUGCCAUCUGAUCCGCUCUUAUCAAUGAAGCAGCCGAUCAUGGCGGAUGGCCCCCGGUGCAAGAGGCGCAAACAAGCCAAUCCCAGGAGGAAAAACGUGGUGAACUAUGACAAUGUUGUGGACACAGGUUCUGAAACUGACGAGGAGGACAAGCUUCACAUUGCCGAAGAGGAUGCUAUCACUAGCUCCCUGGACCAGGAGAGGAGUCCAGCUAGCAUGCCCAACCAUGAGUCCUCCCCACACAUGAGCCAAGCUCUGCUGCCAAGGGAGGAAGAAGAAGAAGAGAUAAGGGAAGGUGGAGUGGAACACGCCUGGCACAACAGUGAGAUCCUACAAGCCUCUGUAGAUGGUCCAGAAGAAAUGAAGGGAGACUAUGUCACUAUGGGGCCGGAAGCCGCCAUCCAGACCACAGUUAACAAUGGUACAGUUAAGAAUGCAAAUUGCACAUCGGACUUUGAGGAAUACUUUGCCAAAAGAAAACUAGAAGAACGCGAUGGCCACACAGUCAGCAUUGAGGAGUACCUUCAGCGCAGUGACACAGCCAUUAUUUACCCAGAAGCCCCCGAGGAGCUGUCUCGCCUUGGCACGCCAGAGGCCAAUGGGCAAGAAGAAAAUGACCUGCCACCUGGAACUCCAGAUGCUUUUGCCCAACUGCUGACCUGCCCCUACUGCGACCGGGGCUACAAGCGCUUGACAUCACUGAAGGAGCACAUCAAGUACCGCCAUGAGAAGAAUGAGGAGAACUUUUCCUGCCCUCUUUGUAGCUACACGUUUGCCUACCGCACCCAGCUCGAGCGGCAUAUGGUGACGCACAAGCCAGGGACAGAUCAGCACCAAAUGCUAACCCAAGGAGCAGGUAAUCGCAAGUUCAAAUGCACGGAGUGUGGCAAGGCCUUCAAGUACAAACACCAUCUGAAAGAGCACCUGAGAAUUCACAGUGGUGAAAAACCUUAUGAGUGCCCAAACUGCAAGAAACGCUUCUCCCAUUCUGGUUCCUACAGUUCGCACAUCAGCAGCAAGAAAUGUAUUGGUUUAAUCUCAGUAAAUGGCCGAAUGAGAAACAAUAUCAAGACGGGUUCCUCCCCUAAUUCUGUUUCUUCUUCUCCUACUAAUUCAGCCAUUACUCAGUUAAGAAACAAGUUGGAGAAUGGAAAACCACUUAGUAUGUCUGAACAAACAGGCUUACUUAAAAUUAAAACAGAACCACUAGACUUCAAUGACUACAAAGUUCUUAUGGCCACACAUGGAUUUAGUGGCACUAGUCCCUUUAUGAAUGGUGGGCUUGGAGCCACCAGUCCCUUAGGAGUUCAUCCAUCUGCUCAGAGUCCAAUGCAGCACUUAGGUGUAGGGAUGGAAGCCCCUUUACUUGGAUUUCCCACAAUGAAUAGUAAUUUAAGUGAGGUACAAAAGGUUCUACAGAUUGUGGACAAUACGGUUUCCAGGCAAAAAAUGGACUGCAAAGCUGAAGAAAUUUCAAAGUUGAAAGGUUAUCACAUGAAAGAUCCAUGUUCUCAACCUGAGGAACAAGGAGUUACUUCUCCUAAUAUUCCACCAGUCGGUCUUCCAGUCGUGAGUCAUAACGGUGCCACUAAAAGUAUUAUUGACUAUACAUUAGAAAAAGUCAAUGAAGCCAAAGCUUGCCUCCAGAGCUUAACUACUGACUCAAGGAGACAGAUCAGUAAUAUAAAGAAAGAGAAGCUACGUACUUUGAUGGAUUUGGUCACGGAUGAUAAAAUGAUUGAGAACCACAACAUAUCCACACCAUUUUCAUGCCAGUUCUGUAAAGAAAGCUUUCCUGGCCCCAUUCCCUUGCAUCAGCAUGAACGUUACCUUUGUAAGAUGAAUGAAGAGAUCAAGGCAGUUCUGCAACCUCAUGAAAACAUAGUCCCCAACAAAGCUGGAGUUUUUGUGGAUAAUAAAGCCCUCCUCUUGUCAUCUGUACUUUCUGAGAAAGGACUGACAAGCCCCAUCAACCCAUACAAGGACCACAUGUCUGUACUCAAAGCAUACUAUGCUAUGAACAUGGAGCCCAAUUCUGAUGAACUGCUGAAAAUUUCCAUUGCUGUGGGCCUUCCUCAGGAAUUUGUGAAGGAAUGGUUUGAGCAACGAAAAGUCUACCAGUAUUCAAAUUCCAGGUCACCAUCACUGGAAAGGAACCCCAAGCCGUUAGCUCCCAAUAGUAAUCCUCCCACAAAAGACUCUUUAUUACCUAGGUCUCCUGUAAAACCUAUGGACUCCAUAACAUCACCAUCUAUAGCAGAACUCCACAACAGUGUUACAAAUUGUGAUCCUCCUCUCAGGCUAACAAAAUCUUCCCAUUUUACCAAUAUUAAACAGGUUGAAAAAUUGGACCACUCAAGGAGUAACACUCCUUCUCCCUUAAAUCUUUCCUCCACAUCUUCUAAAAACUCCCACAGUAGUUCAUACACUCCAAACAGCUUCUCCUCGGAGGAGCUCCAGGCUGAGCCUUUGGACUUGUCAUUACCAAAACAAAUGAAAGAACCCAAAAGUAUUAUAGCCACAAAGAGCAAAACAAAAGCUAGUAGCAUAAACUUAGACCAUAACAGUGUUUCUUCGUCAUCUGAAAACUCAGACGAGCCUCUGAACUUGACUUUUAUCAAGAAAGAGUUUUCAAAUUCAAAUAAUCUGGACAACAAAAGCACUAACCCAGUGUUCGGCAUGAACCCAUUUAGUGCCAAACCGUUGUACACAGCUCUUCCACCACAAAGCGCAUUUCCCCCUGCCACUUUCAUGCCACCAGUCCAGACCAGUAUCCCGGGGCUACGACCAUACCCAGGACUGGACCAGAUGAGCUUCCUACCACAUAUGGCCUAUACCUACCCAACUGGAGCAGCUACCUUUGCUGAUAUGCAGCAAAGGAGAAAGUACCAGCGGAAACAAGGAUUUCAGGGAGAAUUGCUUGAUGGAGCACAAGACUACAUGUCAGGCCUAGAUGACAUGACAGACUCUGAUUCCUGUCUGUCUCGAAAGAAGAUCAAGAAGACAGAAAGUGGCAUGUAUGCAUGUGACUUAUGUGACAAGACAUUCCAGAAAAGCAGUUCCCUUCUGCGACAUAAAUACGAACACACAGGAAAAAGACCACAUCAGUGUCAAAUUUGUAAGAAAGCGUUUAAACACAAGCACCACCUUAUCGAGCACUCGAGGCUUCACUCAGGCGAGAAGCCCUAUCAGUGUGAUAAAUGUGGCAAGCGCUUCUCACACUCAGGCUCGUACUCGCAGCACAUGAAUCACAGGUAUUCCUACUGCAAGCGGGAGGCGGAGGAGCGGGAAGCGGCGGAGCGCGAGGCGCGCGAGAAAGGGCACUUGGAGCCCACCGAGCUGCUGAUGAACCGGGCUUACUUGCAGAGCAUUACCCCUCAGGGGUACUCUGACUCGGAGGAGAGGGAGAGUAUGCCGAGGGAUGGCGAGAGCGAGAAGGAGCACGAGAAGGAAGGAGAAGAUGGCUAUGGGAAGCUGGGCAGGCAGGAUGGAGACGAGGAGUUCGAGGAGGAAGAGGAAGAAAGUGAAAAUAAAAGUAUGGAUACGGAUCCCGAAACGAUCCGAGAUGAAGAGGAGACCGGAGACCACUCCAUGGACGAUAGUUCAGAGGAUGGGAAAAUGGAAACCAAAUCAGACCACGAGGAAGACAAUAUGGAAGAUGGCAUGUAAUAAACUACUGCAUUUUAAACUUCCUAUUUUUUCCAGUAGUAUUGUUACCUGCUUGAAAACACUGCUGUGUUAAGCUGUUCAUGCACGUGCCUGACGCUUCCAGGAAGCUGUAGAGAGGGACAGAAGGGACAG